CCCUGUCACCCUUCUGGAAGAUCUGAAUUGAGUUUCUAGCUCUUGGAUUUGGCCUGGUCCACUCCUGGCUGUUUCAAGAAUUUGAGGAGCUUUUAGGAGCUUUCUUUCUCUGUGUUUCUUUCUGUAUCUGCCUUUAAAAUAACUAAAUAGAUAGGUGCUUUUAAAAAGUUUUAAACUGGACUUUAAGGACUCUGGGGUCCUUGCAGCUCAUUUUAAGGAUUCUGCAAAUAUUGAUUAAUUUUCAACCAGAUAAUGAAAAAUUAAGCCACCUCAAGGAACUGAGCCAUUACUUUAAGUAGUUUGAAAUAUUCCUGCUCUGGACUCUGUUGGAAAAAUGUUCUCCUCACCUAAUGCCUUCAUUUUCUGAAUAAGUAAACUGUAGAUCUAGACAAAUAUCUUUCCAAGUGGUAUUUUGUCAAGUCACUUGAGUCUUUCUGAGGUUUGAGUUGGAUAUGAUUCCAAAGAAAGCAGUGUCCUAAGCGUCUAUGAUUGUGCGUGUAUACGUGCCUGUGUGUGCCCACAAGGAAGCCAGAACAUUCCCAGCAGAGCAGUAGUAGAAUUUGGUUCCUUUUGGAACUCCAGAAAACCUGGAUGUAGGCCUGACCCUCAUACCUCCCUCACGUUCACUUCUGCUUGUCCCUGCCCAGCUCCUUCUUGCCCACUUCCUGCCUGAGCCCUGCUGGGAAGGGACCAGCACAGUGCCUUUAGCUUCUCUCUGUUCUGCCCACUCCCGCCUGCAGUGAAGUGAGUUUCUGUUCUUUCUUCUGACUUCCUGUGCGCCUCGGAAACCUCAGCCUCAAUGAAAGAAGAGUUAGAAGGCUGGGGACCGUUAUGCCAAACAUAGACUCUGACCUGACGUUGGGGGAGCUGCAUCUGUGAUUUUUCUGGAGACAAUCGGAGCAUUCACACUCAGUGUGACUACGAAGAGACUGACUGCAAUGUUCCGGUCCUAGUUGCCGUCUGAGAGGAUGUCCGGGGUGUCUGAGCCCCUUAGUCGAGUAAAGGUGGGCACGUUACGCCGGCCUGAAGGCCCUCCAGAGCCCAUGGUGGUGGUACCAGUAGAUGUAGAAAAGGAAGACGUGCGUAUCCUGAAAGUCUGCUUCUACAGCAACAGCUUCAAUUCUGGGAAAAACUUCAAACUGGUCAAAUGCACUGUACAAACAGAGAUCCGGGAGAUCAUCACCUCCAUCCUAUUGAGUGGGCGGAUCGGGCCCAACAUCCAGCUGGCUGAGUGCUAUGGGCUGAGGCUGAAGCACAUGAAGUCAGAUGAAAUCCACUGGCUGCACCCACAGAUGACAGUGGGUGAGGUUCAGGACAAGUAUGAAUGUCUGCACGUGGAAGCCGAGUGGAGGUAUGAUCUCCAAAUACGUUACCUGCCUGAAGACUUCAUGGAGAGCCUGAAAGAAGACAGGACCACGCUGCUUUACUUUUACCAACAGCUCCGGAAUGACUACAUGCAGCGCUAUGCCAGCAAGGUCAGCGAGGGAAUGGCCCUGCAGCUGGGCUGUCUGGAGCUCAGGCGCUUCUUCAAGGACAUGCCCCACAACGCACUCGACAAGAAGUCCAACUUCGAGUUCUUAGAAAAGGAAGUGGGCCUGGACCUGUUUUUCCCAAAGCAAAUGCAGGAAAACUUAAAGCCCAAGCAGUUUCGGAAGAUGAUCCAGCAGACGUUCCAGCAGUAUGCCUCGCUCAAGGAGGAAGAGUGUGUCAUGAAGUUCUUCAACACCCUUGCUGGCUUUGCCAACAUCGACCAGGAGACAUACCGCUGUGAACUCAUUCAAGGAUGGAACAUUACCGUGGACCUGGUCAUUGGCCCAAAAGGCAUCCGCCAACUGACGAGUCAAGAUGCAAAGCCUACCUGCCUGGCUGAGUUCAAGCAGAUCAAGUCCAUCAGAUGCCUCCCACUGGAGGAGGGCCAGGCAGUUCUGCAGCUGGGCAUCGAAGGCGCCCCCCAGUGCUUGUCCAUCAAAACCUCGUCUCCAGCAGAGGCUGAGAACAUGGCUGACCUCAUUGAUGGCUACUGCCGGCUGCAGGGAGAACACAAGGGCUCGCUCAUUGUUCAUCCCAAGAAAGAUGGUGAGAAGCGGAACAGCCUGCCACAGAUCCCCAUGCUAAACCUGGAUGAUCGGCGGUCCCACUUCUCGGAAAGCUGCAGCAUAGAGUCUGACAUCUAUGCAGAGAUUCCCGAUGAGACUCUGAGGAGGUCAGGAGGCCUGCAGUAUGGCAUCUCCCGUGAAGACGUGGUUCUGAAUCGUAUUCUUGGUGAAGGCUUCUUUGGGGAGGUCUAUGAAGGGAUCUACACCAAUCACAAAGGGGAGAAAAUCAGCGUGGCUGUCAAGACCUGCAAAAAAGACUGUACUCUGGACAACAAGGAAAAGUUCAUGAGUGAGGCAGUGAUCAUGAAGAACCUUGACCACCCACACAUCGUGAAGCUGAUGGGCAUCAUCGAGGAGGAGCCCACCUGGAUCAUCAUGGAGUUGUACCCCUAUGGGGAGCUGGGCCAUUACCUGGAGCGCAACAAGAACUCCCUGAAGGUGCUUACGCUUGUUCUGUACUCGCUGCAGAUUUGCAAGGCUAUGGCCUACCUGGAGAGCCUCAACUGUGUGCACAGAGACAUUGCUGUCCGGAACAUCCUAGUGGCCUCCCCUGAGUGUGUGAAGCUAGGUGACUUCGGCCUGUCCCGGUACAUUGAGGAUGAGGAGUAUUACAAAGCCUCUGUGACUCGCCUGCCCAUCAAGUGGAUGUCCCCUGAGUCCAUCAACUUCCGCCGCUUCACGACGGCCAGUGAUGUCUGGAUGUUUGCCGUGUGCAUGUGGGAGAUUCUGAGCUUUGGGAAGCAGCCCUUCUUCUGGCUGGAGAACAAGGAUGUCAUCGGGGUACUCGAGAAAGGGGAUCGACUGCCCAAGCCUGACCUCUGCCCACCCAUCCUUUAUACCCUCAUGACCCGCUGCUGGGACUACGACCCCAGUGACCGACCCCGCUUCACCGAGCUCGUGUGCAGCCUCAGUGACAUUUAUCAGAUGGAGAAGGACAUUGCUAUAGAGCAGGAGAGGAAUGCUCGCUACCGACCUCCCAAAAUCUUGGAACCCACAGGCUUCCAGGAACCCCCACCCAAGCCCAGCCGGCCCAAGUAUAGACCCCCUCCACAAACCAACCUUCUGGCUCCCAAGCUGCAAUUCCAGGUCCCCGAGGGUCUGUGUGCCAGCUCUCCCACGCUCACCAGCCCUAUGGAGUACCCAUCUCCUGUAAACUCGCUGCACACCCCGCCUCUGCACCGACAUAAUGUCUUCAAGCGCCACAGCAUGCGGGAGGAGGACUUCAUCCGACCCAGCAGCCGAGAAGAGGCCCAGCAGCUAUGGGAGGCAGAGAAGAUGAAGAUGAAGCAGAUCCUGGACAAGCAGCAGAAGCAGAUGGCAGAAGACUACCAGUGGCUGAGGCAGGAGGAGAAGUCCUUGGACCCUAUGGUCUACAUGAAUGACAAGUCCCCACUGACCCCAGAGAAGGAGGCCGGUUACACGGAGUUCACAGGGCCCCCUCAGAAGCCACCGCGGCUCGGCGCACACUCCAUCCAGCCCACGGCCAACCUGGACCGCACUGACGACCUGGUGUACCUCAACGUCAUGGAGCUGGUACGGGCUGUGUUGGAACUCAAGAAUGAGCUCUGCCAGCUGCCCCCCGAGGGCUAUGUGGUAGUGGUGAAGAACGUGGGGCUGACCCUGCGGAAGCUCAUCGGGAGUGUGGACGACCUCCUGCCCUCCUUACCCUCAUCCUCUCGGACAGAGAUUGAAGGAACCCAGAAGCUGCUCAACAAAGACCUGGCUGAGCUCAUCAACAAGAUGCGGCUGGCCCAGCAGAACGCCGUCACCUCCCUGAGCGAGGAGUGCAAGCGGCAGAUGCUCACGGCUUCCCACAUUCUGGCUGUGGAUGCCAAGAACCUGCUCGACGCUGUGGACCAGGCCAAGGUUCUGGCCAAUCUGGCCCACCCACUUGCGAGUGACUGAGAGUGGGGUCACCUGCCCUCGUGCUCUGCCCCCUGCCUAUUGUGUCCCUCCCUGCCUUGCCCCAAGGCCGAGGGGAGUCCUUCCCUUGCCACUUUGCACGACCUCCCCUCCCCACUUCUACCCCAGACCGUGCUGCUCAGGCCGCAGCUGGACAAAGGGGACUUUGGGAAUGGACACCCAGGGCAGAGGUGACACAGUUGUCUCCAAGGGGCUGGGGCUGCCACCCGGCCCACUGGCUUCACACCCCAGCCCAAAUGCUGGAGCUUGACAGGGGUCCCCAGCAGCUGAGAUGGCAUCAUGCAUGGCCAUGACAGGUCCAUCAGAAACAAGCUGUUGAUCCUCAUUCGUCUUCAUCCCUCUGAGGUCCCCUGAUGCACAGAGGAUUCAGGCAGGGGAUUCAUUUCAGAGGUGGAGUGAAGACAAGAUCAGGGAGGGGCCUGGCUUUCUUGUACAGUGUAUAUUGAAUUUAUUUAAUGCGAGCUUAGCCUGGACUGACAGCCGUGUGCCCCCCUGAGGGAGGACCUGGGACAGAGGCCAGGACCAAGCUAAUUGGAAAUCUGGGCACAGGAUGCUGUGUUGUCAACAGACCAAGUGUCAGGAGGAAGUGAGAGGUGGAGACCAGAACAGGACUGUGCGGGCCGCUCUCUCCCUCCGCCACCUGUCUCUCCCCCUCCUCCCCCUUCCCUUUUCCUACACCCCUCUUCUCAUCUGCCCCAUCCUUUCUGCGUGUUUGUGUAAAACACUUUUAUCUUCUUUCUAUCUGACUGUGGUUGAAUUAAAAUUGUACCAUUUGC